UUUCUUUUAUCAAAAUGGCUGCUGUUCAACUUUUGCUCUUGAUAAAUGGCAUUGCCGCAAUUCAUUUGCCAUCCACGCCGCCCGCCGUCAUUUGGGGCGUAAAAUUACCUGGUCCUGGGAACAUUUUUCAAGCACUUCCCUCGCGCAAAUUCGUUCGCAUGCUGAUGCCACAGCAGGAGGAUCACAUGAUAGUCGCAUUCCUCGCCCCAAUGCUCACUUCGAAGGAUCUCAGCUGCGGGGAGAAUGACAAAUGCUUCGAGUAUCUGCGUCAAGUGGCGCCACUCACCUAUUACAGCCAGGUGCAGCAGCCAGUCGAGUCCAUCGAGCAACUAUUCACGAAUCGUGGCCAGAAACUCAAGUGGAGCACCACAUUCGAGAUGAGCCAACUCAAGUGCCAAACGGAUCGCAUUCACGCCUACAAUUUCAGGGAUAACAAUCUGACGGCCCACGAUCAGAUUAUGGCCGCCGUUGCGGGGAAUUUAUGGGGCUGUCCUCUGAUCAUGAUCUACACGGCACACGGCGAGCAAAUGGAGGCGUUGCAGCGUCGACUUCAACGCACCAAUUCGAUCAUCAUCUGGGAGAAGCAACAGCCGAGCUGGAAAAAGGCGAAGCGCAACAAAUUGUUGCAGAAUCGGACGAAAAUUGAUCCCAACGAGGUGACUGUGCUGCGGCACCUGAAGGCCAUCAUUGGCGUCAACAGAAUCGUCCUGGCCGAGCAGUAUUUGAGUGCUCAGCAAGUGCACUACAAACGCCAGCAAAUCGACCUGAACGAGAAGCACUCCUCGCUGCGACUGGAGCUGGAGCAUCGCUCGAGUAUCAUGAAGGGCGUCACGCUCAUCAUCGUAACCAGCAUGGGCAGCCUCAGGCUGAGAUUUCUCCCGGCGAUGGGCAACUGGCACAUGACGAGCAUGAAGUUCAAGAAUAUCACACUCAUCCCUAGGGACAUCAUCUUCUACAGCAACAAGUUCAGCUUCUGCUGCCAGGCACUCACCGCCUACUCGAAGGAGGGCCACCGCCUCACCUUGUUCUCCUUCAGCAUGGAUAUCAUUAUAGAAGGUGAUUUUUCUGCCCUGGACUAUGACUAUAUACCGAAGCCGUGUUGGUUGUGCGAGGGAUAUCUGACGACGGGUCUGAUACAGUCCAUCUUCAUUGUGGUCAUUUUGUUGUCCCUGCUGGGCAUGGGCCUGACCAUGUUCCUCAGCAUGGGGCGCAACAAGCGGAUGAGUGGCGCCAAUGAUCCCGAGCCGCAUGUCAAAGAAACCGCCGAGACUUGAGACUCUUGAGACUAAACUCUUGUGGCACACCACGCUUGACCGUUGCACAGUCUACACUCGACACAUUCAGCAUUCUACACGCCACAUUCUACACGCCACUAAUUCACUUACGAAUCUAAUCACAAAGCCAAAGAGAGAGAGAGAGAGAGGGAG